AUGUGGCCGCCAGUGAGGCAAGGAUUCAUAGAAAUGCAAGCAAGUCAAUUGCAAGUUGAACAUGUAAACCCAAGCUCGACUUGGCACGAGGUCAUUUGUGGAAUUGGCCCCAGUGAAAUUGGUCUAACCCAAAAGAUCAGCUCAACUGCAUUUCUCUUCGUAACAAAACUUGGCAGUCGACUCUUUGUCAGAUCAGUGGCAUUAGAUGCUCACGAAUUUGCUCAAAACCUGCAGUCGCUGCGUUAUCAAGCGUCCGGACUUAGGUUAUCAGAAAAGUGA